UUGCCAGCAGGGGGCGCUGUGGGCAGCGAGCGGGGCUUCGCUUCCGGGAAAACGGCGUGAUCCGAUCAAACUGGCAUCAGCGCCGAAUAAAGUCAUUCGUGGUGAGGUGAUCGGGGUGAUGGGGCCGGACGGGGCCCUGGGGCCGGGUGUGCCCUGGAGGAAGGUCCUCUGGGAAAGCCAGCCAUUCCCCGAUAACUACGUGGACCACCGGUUCCUGGAGGAACUGCGAAGAAACGAGGGCGUCCAGCAGUACCAUUACUGGUCUGUGGUGAAAGAAGCGGGCUUUGUAGGACAGCAGCUGUCCUGUGUGGCCAUUUUUAUCACCCUUUGGCUGUACAUGGAGCAGGGUCUGCUGACGCCUGAGGUGUUAUUAUGGACCAGCCUUGUGUGCUCCCUGCUGGGCUAUGGACUGCACCAAGUUCUGACAUCUCAGUUUGAACCGAGCAGUGAGCCGCGCACACAUCUGGCUGAUUUACAGAGCGCUGCUAUUUUUCUGUCUUUCACUUUUGGCUUCUCACCAGUUCUUAAGACAUUAACAGAGUCUGUGAGCACAGACACGGUGUACGCAAUGUCUGCUAUAAUGCUGCUGGCCCACCUGGUCUCCUUCCCGUACCCCCAGCCCUCUCCCCCUGGCAGCCUCUCCUUAAAUGCAGCCCUGUUCGCCUCAGUGUGCCUGGCGUCGAGGUUACCCGGUACUCUGCACACCUUUGCCAUGCUCAGCUGUGCCCUACUGGUGUUUGCCCUGUGGCCAUGUCUCCUGCAACGGAUGCGGGAGAACACCCCUCGACAAUUUACCGGGGUGUGUGUGGUAGUGUGUAUCGGCGGCGUUGCGGGACUAGGAUCCCAGACACUGGGUGGAGCGUUGCUCUUAUCUCUGGCAUUAGUGAGCGUCACAUUGCUUUGUCCUCUGCUGCUCGUCCGGCUGCAGAGGCACAAGGACAACAUCCAUGGACCCUGGGACGAGGCUGAGAUUCAUGAGGACCUCAACGGCUUCCUUCGCUGAUGGGCAGAACCAACACGCUCGCUCAGGCUGCUCUCUUUCAAACCGAGAUUUAUGGUGGAGGCCGAUCAGGAAUUAUAAAUGAGUCUGAUCACGGUUUUGUAGAUGUUCAUCUUAAAUGACAUUCCUAAUAUACUGCUGUUAUAAGGAAGAGGGGGGAAAAACACUUUGUAUUAAAGCUGCUAUUGUUUUAUAAGCACUGACCUCAAAUGUGUACAGCAGUUGUCUGAUAAUGCAGGUUUGACUAACAACACUACUGGACACAUGAAGGUAUGCGCCAGUAACAGAUAUCACUGAUUUAAAGAGUUUUGUUUUAUGGAUUGUGUGUUGCGCAUGUGUUUAUGUAUGGAUAUAAACAAGGGCUCCAAGUCUAAGGCAUAUUUUAUUAAUAAAAUAAUAUUUCUUGUGAA